CAAGCAUGACGACUGGCCACGCCCAACUGGUUGUCCAUGCCAAUCGGCCCAGCUCCAAACUCUGCACCAUACGAACCCGAUGCACCCUACGCCCACGACAUGCAAACACGGUACAUCGACCAAUCCCGACUCUCAGAAAGACGAACACAGUGUACCCCACGGCCACCUUUGCCGUCGCCGGAUCGGAGGGAGACGGCUUCCCCAGCACCGACACCGACCGCUUCGACGUGCUAGACUUCCACCACGUCGAGUUUUGGUGCGCCGACGCGGCCUCCGCUGCCGGACGAUUCUCCUUCGGCCUCGGCGUACCACUCGCUGCGCAGUCCGUCAUCACCACGGGGAACUCUGUGCACGCCUCCCACGUGCUCCGCUCACGCACAGGCUCUCUCACGUUCCUCUUCAGCGCUCCAUAUGCGCGGCACUGCACCGCCGCCGCCGCCGCCGCCGCCGCCACGGCGACCGUGCCCUCCUUCUCUGCUGACGGCGCGCGCCGCUUCACCUCCGAUUACGGUGUUGCGGUGCGCGCCCUCGCUGUACGUGUGGCCGACGCCGCCGAGGCAUUCUGGGCUAGCGUCAACGCUGGAGCUCGCCCGGCCUUCGCUCCUGCGGAACUCAGCCACGGCUUCGUCAUGGCGGAGGUCGAGCUCUUCGGCGACACCGUCCUCCGUUUCGUCAGCUACCCAGACGGCACCAAAGUAUCCUUCCUGCCUGGUUUCGAGGACGUCGCCAGCUCGGGAUCCCCGGACUUCGGACUCACCCGAUUCGACCACAUCGCCGGCGCCGUCCCGGACCUGGCUUCCGUCGCCUCUUACGUCGCCGGGUUCACGGGGUUCCACGAAUUCUCCGACUUCACCGGCCACAAAGUCGGCACUGGAGAGAGCGCGCUGAACGGCGUGGUUCUUGCCAACAACGAAGACACCGUGCUGCUCACGCUCCUCGAGCCGGUGCACGGUACCAAGCGCAGGAGCCAGGUACAGACCUUCCUUGACCACCAUGGUGGCCCUGGCGUGCAGCACCUGGCGAUGGCUAGCGACGACCUGCUAGGUACUUUGAGGGAGAUCCGUGCGCGGUCCUCCCUCGGCGGCUUUGAGCUCCUGCCACCGCCGCCCCCAAGGUACUAUGACGGUCUAAGGCAGCUCGCCGGUGACGUCCUAUCGGAAGAGCAGAUUAAGGAGUGCCAGGAGCUGGGCGUGCUGGUGGACAGGGAUGACCACGGAGGUGUUGUGCUCCAAGUCUUCACCAAAGCGGCCAACCUUGCUUUUGGAGUUUAUCCAAAGGAUACCGUGCGUGGAGAACCAGCUGGAAUACAAGAGCGGUGGAUACGGGAUGGUGCUCCCAGCCGUGGGGCAUGGGCGCAGCCGUCUGGCUCCUGCGCCGCCAUCAAAUUAUGGUGCUCCCGGCCGUGGGAGAGGCCGACCGGCCUCUACGACGUCUCCUCUGUUGUUGCUUCUCUCGCGUUGCCAUGGGCUGGAUGA